CACCGUGGACCCUUGGCCUCCAAGGCUCACUAAGGGGGGAGUAAGAUCGGGGGCAGGUUGGCUCUUGGCUUAGACUGAAAAGCAGCCAUGGAGACGGUGUACGAGCAACUCAAUGAGAGCCAGGCAUGGCCGCCCUCCCCCUUUGACCUCAAUGGCUCUGCAACGGCAGCGAACAACUCCAACAAGACAGAGCCGUACUACGACAUGACCAGCAAUGCGGUCCUCACCUUCAUAUACUUCGUGGUCUGCAUCAUCGGUCUCUGUGGCAACACUCUUGUCAUUUACGUCAUCCUCCGCUACGCUAAGAUGAAGACCAUCACCAACAUCUACAUCCUCAACCUGGCCAUUGCCGAUGAGCUCUUCAUGCUGGGGCUGCCCUUCCUAGCCAUGCAGGUGGCGCUGGUCCACUGGCCCUUUGGCAAGGCCAUCUGCCGGGUGGUCAUGACUGUGGACGGCAUCAACCAGUUCACCAGCAUCUUCUGCUUGACGGUCAUGAGCAUCGACCGUUACCUGGCUGUGGUCCACCCCAUCAAGUCGGCCAAGUGGAGGAGACCCCGGACAGCCAAGAUGAUCAACAUGGCUGUGUGGGGGGUCUCUCUGCUAGUCAUCUUGCCUAUCAUGAUCUAUGCUGGGCUUCGGAGCAACCAGUGGGGGAAAAGCAGCUGCACCAUCAACUGGCCAGGUGAAUCUGGGGCGUGGUACACGGGGUUCAUCAUCUAUGCGUUCAUCCUGGGGUUCCUGGUCCCCCUCACCAUCAUUUGUCUCUGCUACCUGUUCAUUAUCAUCAAGGUGAAGUCCUCUGGCAUCCGAGUAGGUUCCUCUAAGAGGAAAAAGUCCGAGAAGAAGGUCACCCGAAUGGUGUCCAUAGUGGUGGCCGUCUUCAUCUUCUGCUGGCUCCCCUUCUACAUAUUCAAUGUGUCCUCCGUGACCGUGGCCAUCGACCCCACCCCGGCCCUCAAAGGCAUGUUUGACUUUGUGGUGGUCCUCACCUACGCCAACAGCUGUGCCAACCCUAUCCUCUAUGCUUUCCUGUCUGACAACUUCAAGAAGAGCUUCCAGAACGUCCUCUGCUUGGUCAAGGUGAGUGGCACAGAUGACGGGGAACGGAGCGACAGCAAGCAGGACAAAUCCCGGCUGAAUGAGACCACGGAGACCCAGAGGACCCUCCUCAACGGAGACCUCCAAACCAGUAUCUAAAUUGC